GUUAUUCAGCCGCUACCCGGGUAACUGACCACCUGCAUAGUUCCCGUGGCUCGCUGUAACAUACAACCACGACGGCGAUUGAACUCUACUGCGGCUUCACACAUUCUCACCUCUUCUUUAUUAAUCAAGGUUUGUGUUACAUAUUCUUACAUUAAGAUAGUGAUAAUCACAUUGUUUAAAGAAUGGAAACCGAAGACUGGUCAGGCGGGUGGAGCGAUUUGGAGGUAGCUUCUCCCCUUAGUGACAAGGGAUAUGACUUAGGUGAUUCACCAAAGCUGCAACAUAGGAAAAAUGUCACCAGGGCUUACUGGAAAGAAGCUUUGGGAAUGGCCGAGAUUGUUAGCAUUAAAGGUCCAAGGUGGAGAACAACGGGGAUAGUUCGCGAUGGCAAAAUAUAUGCCUUUCUUGAAGAUGUAUUGUUUUUGGCUGAAAUCGGUGCGUUACAUCUAUUAGACGAUAAGGAUGAAUGUAUUCCAUUAAAAGAUAUAUACAUGAAGGUUGCACAGGGAAUAGGUGGUUUGUCUUGGGAGUCAUUUGAGGUGUACAAGCAUCUCAAGUCGUUAGGUUAUAUAGUCAAGAGGCAUGGUGUUUAUUGGACUGUGAAGCAUGCUAAACGGGCGCCUGCAUCUGUUGAAGGUGAGUCAGGGAGCCAAAGGAUCAUAGAUAAUGGAAGUGAAGACAUCAGUUCUAUAACCGAAAUCACUGAACUGUUCAGGGCUGUGAAGAUUAAAGAUGAAGUAAGACCGGUUUUUGAUGUUUACCCUCCAAACAGCAUGUUCAAAAAGUCAAGUCCGGGCGAUCCUAUGUUUAUUCUCUGCAUCAACCAUGGCAAUCCAUCAACGAAGGAACAAAUUGAGGAUCUUGAAAGACAAUGUGAAGGCAUUCCUUUGCUGUUUUGUUAUGUCGAACAUGGGCGUGAACAGGAUCAUACAAUGGAAAGUUGGAAACAAAAAUUAAACAACCCUAUAGUCAAAUCAAUAUGUUGUAUCAGCAUCCUAUAUAUGAAAAUACUAGAUUGAUAUGUAUAAGAUUCACAGAAGUUUUAAUUUUUAGGUUAGUCACAUGUUUUAAGUUAGAUUGAUAAUCAAUAUAUUUUUUGAUGUUCACUGUCCAAGCAAGUCUGUAAGUUUGAUCUGGGCAAUUCAUUGUU